AUGCGCUCCAGGCUUCGUAUCAGCAUCUUUUUGGCGUUUCUCCUUUUAUCUCUCUACCUGAUCUUUCCCUUUGCACGACCUAGCAGACAUAGCGAACCGCCCAAGGACCCGCCCAAGCCCGAACCGCACCCAAAGGAGCAAAUAAACCUAGAGGCUGCUAUAGCGGAAUUCCAACAGCAGUUCUACGAGGAACACGAUGCUUUGGGAAAGGAGGAAAGUGCUGGCAAGGUAUACGGGAAUACGUUGAGGAAACUGGUGGAUGCAGGAAAUCAACCAGGACUUCACGCCUCGGCUUUAAAGAAAACGGACAUUCGCACACCAUGGACUGAUGCAUCUCCAUACGUAUACGACCCCUAUCCCGACUACAACACAGAUGCGUGGAAGGCGAGCAAUAAGGGCAUCUAUGUUCCGUGCCCCGGCCCGGAGGAAACCGUGCGCGAUGUGAUGGUCUUCCGAGGACGGUCUGAGGCUUUCCAUGAGUCGCCUAUCGGAUCCUAUGAUGUGCUGCAGAUGGAUAACGCGCUCUGCUUCGAGAGGGACACCCGUCUCGGGAUGUACACCGAUCAAGAAGGUGAAACGACUCCUAAUAAAGGAGUGAACUGGGAUGCCGUCAAUUGGGGAGCCUUGCAGGAUUUCUGCUAUGAGAAGAACUCGGAUCGAUACGUGCAGCUCGAGAAGGUUGGAUCCAUUGAAGAUGAGGUCAACCCUCACAAGAAGAAAAACGACCAGAACGACCCUGUUGAAGACGAUAAUAGCAGUGGCCAUAGCAGAGAUGUCUCGAAUCCUCACAAUGACUCGACACAUUCUACACGGCCGAAAACUGUUGCGGACGAGUCUGUAGCCAAGCCAAAGUCCCGAACAGCUCUUCUUCUUCGAGCUUAUUCUGGAAAAAAGUAUACCGAAAAUGACAAGCAAAACAUCCGUUCUUUAGUUUCUGAAUUGUCCUUGCGAAGUGGAGGCGAAUACCAAGUCUUUUUGUUAGUGCAAAUCAAAAAUGGACUUCCUUUCACUGAAGAAUCACUUCAUGCCGACCUCCCAAAGGAGUUCUGGGAUAUGGCUGUCCCUUGGAACGAUGAACAGAUGAGCGAAUUGUAUCCUUUAAUCCCACCAGAAGUUAACAACGUCCAUCAAUCCCAGUGGUUUUCUGUUCAGAAGUUUGCCUUGGACUACCCCGAGUUUGACUAUUAUUGGAAUUGGGAACUCGACUCUAGAUUUACCGGCCAUCACUACGAUCUUCUAGAGAGGCUGUCCGCAUUUGCGUAUAAGCAGCCAAGAAAAGGCCUGUGGGAGCGCAAUGAACGGUACUACAUCCCAUCCGUCCACGGCCAUUAUGACACCACGUUCCGUAGCAUGGUUGAGGAAGUUUCCGGCUCGGACACCGUCUGGGGACCUGUGCACCUUGAAGGCGUCUCUCCCGUUGGUUCUCCGCCACCGGUUGCAAACCCUGCAGACGACAACUAUGAAUGGGGCGUGGGAGAAGAAGCGGAUUACAUUUCUCUCGGCCCUAUGUUCAACCCUGUGGGCGCGAGCUGGAUUGACGGAAAGGGUGUCUGGGGCUACGCCGGCGCCGAUAACACUCCAAGGCGCGCAACUAUUGGGACACAAUCAAGAUGUAGUAGGAAGCUACUCAAUGCUAUGCACGGGGAGAAUCUGAAGGGGAAUCAUGUCGGCAGUGAAAUGACGCCUCAAACCGUCGCAUUAUUGCAUGGGUUAAAAGCGGUUUACGCACCUAUUCCAAUGUUCUUUGAUAGGGCUUGGAGUGGCCAGAGCUUAAACAAGUGGUUUAACCCAGGGCCGAAGGGCGAGAGUGGGAGUACUCCCAACACUCCUUUUGGCUGGGGCCUGGAGGCCAGGUUUGAGGGCAGCUCAUGGUAUUACAGAACCACACUGCCCAUGAGACUGUAUAACAAUUUCCUGGGGUGGGAGGACAGUGGGAUAGGUGGCCUCGAGUGGGAGAAGGCACAUGGCAGACCGUGUUUGCCCCCGAUAUUGUUACAUCCUAUCAAAGACGUGGAGAAGACUCCCCCCGGCUUUUUCUCUUCAUCGGAACUCCCGUAUUGA